CUCCACUACUCUCACAGCUCACGAAGAAGGGGGCUUUGUGGCGAUUCUCCUCCUUUUGCCCUCCAAACCUUAGCUUUCUCUCUCUCUGUCUGCUUCCACUAUGGUGGUGCACGGUGGAGCGGCCGUGCUUGUGGGUUUUCUUGCUUUCCUUAUAUUGCAGCGGAUUGUUGUGGGAGGAGAUUGUCCCCUGGACUUGAGUGCAUCAAAUUUUACACUGGCAGCUUCUGUGUGUUCUAAUAAUGAUGACAGAGGGAAGUGCUGCCGUUAUAUCAAUGCCUUUGUUGCAGUUUCUAUUGCUCGUUAUGCCAAUUUGACAAGCAACCUGGGGGUUCCUUCAGAGUUAUCUGAGGUCUGCCUUCAUUCCAUAUCUGGAACUCUAAAACAGUAUGGAAUCCCUCCAAAUGCAACAAUUUAUUGUGCACUUGGUACUAAAAUUCCAGUUAAUUAUGAGUGCGAGGGCCGAACAACUGUCACGCAAGUGCUGCAGUCUCCAGGGUUUGGUAAUGUCACAGAGAAUUGUAAGUUGCCACUUUCGGUGGGGAGUAGCUGUAGAAGGUGCAUAAAUGCCGGCAUUGUAUACCUCAGACAUCUGGUAGGAGCAGACAAUAAUAUGACAUUUAGUACCUGCCGAGAUGCAACUUUUGCUACACUUGCAAGCCAAGGAGACAAUGAAUCUACCAUUGAAAUGGCAAGCUGUUUCUUUGGAGUUCAAGGGUCUAGUGUUCCUCCAGUUUCAGAGCCAUCCCCACCUUUGCUUGUACCUGAGGCUUCUCCAAGUCCAUUAGCUGCUGCUAGCCCCAACCAGUCCUUAGUUGGAUUACCUUUUGAGGAACAUCAUCAUACCAACCACCUCACGGUAAUCCUAGGUGUUGGUAUUGCAGUUACUUUGGUGGCUGUUCUGCUGCUGAUAGUAUUGAUACUUCUCAUUCGUAGAAAAAGCAGAGAGCUAGAGGAUUCUGAAAGUCCUGACAGGACAUCGUGGAAAGCUUUACCGCCUCAACUGAGCCGAAAAUGUCAGGAAGGUCCAUCAUCCAUGUUCCGGAAGUUCACCUAUAAGGAAAUAAAGAAGGCUACAAACAAUUUCAGCACCGUCAUAGGAAGAGGGGGUUUUGGAACUGUCUACAAGGCUUGGUUUGCUGAUGGAUUUGUGGCAGCAGUGAAGCGGAUGAACAAAGUUUCGGAGCAAGGAGAGGAUGAGUUCAGCCGAGAGAUGGAACUUCUUGCAAGACUGCAUCAUCGUCAUCUUGUGGCUCUAAGAGGCUUUUGCAUUGAAAAAAAUGAGAGAUUUCUGAUGUACGAGUACAUGGAAAAUGGAAGCUUAAAAGAUCAUCUUCAUUCUCCUGGGAGUACUCCAUUGAGUUGGAAAACAAGAAUCCAGAUUGCCAUUGAUGUUGCUAAUGCUCUGGAGUACCUACAUUUUUAUUGUGAUCCUCCUCUCUGUCACAGAGAUAUCAAGUCCAGCAAUAUUUUACUAGAUGAGAACUUUGUUGCAAAGGUUGCGGACUUUGGCCUUGCACAUGCUUCAAAAAGUGGUACAAUUAGCUUUGAACCAGUGAACACUGAUAUCCGAGGAACUCCAGGUUAUAUGGAUCCUGAAUAUAUGGUGACUCAAGAGCUGACAGAGAAGAGUGAUGUAUACAGUUAUGGUGUGGUGCUGCUAGAGCUACUAACGGGAAGACGAGCAAUCCAAGAAUGUAGGAAUCUGGUGGAAUGGUCCCAAGUUUUCAUGGCAACAGAAUCUAGGCUACCUAAACUUGUGGAUCCUUCCAUAGGGGACUCCUUUGACUCGGAGCAGCUUCUCACAAUUGUGACAAUUGUGAGAUGGUGUACUCAAAGAGAAGGAAGGGCAAGGCCUUCAAUCAAACAGGUUUUGAGGCUGCUGUAUGAGAGUUCAGAUCCGAUGCAUAGUGGUUUCAUACAGGCCAUGCAAGAUGAAGAUUAUGAUAGCACUGAAAGUAUGGCAAGGAAUAGUAAGGGGAAGGUGCAAAGGGGUGAGGGGAUCUUUCACAGUGGGGAUGCAAGGUUUCUUCCUUCAUCUUCAAGUACAUCUAGGUCCUACUGCAGCAGGAGCUUUUUACUUGAAACAGGAUCUCCACAAUCUCCUCCUGGAAUUUUCUCUGUUUGAAGAGAGAGGGGCUGCAUAUGGUGCUUCUCUCACUCAGCCGUGCUUCAGCCACCUAUGAUGGUUUGUAAGCUCUCAAUUGUUGUUUGGACCUAGCAAUGGUUGCCAGGUAACGGAUCAUGCGCUUUAGUAGGGUGUUCUUCUUUAUUGGUAUAGACAUUCAUUCUUGAAUAUUGGGUGCUGGAGAUGACCACCAGCAAGAUCCAAGAUGGUGAGAUAGUGCCAUGCUCUUAAUUUUUGUUGCAUGGAAUUACUAAUUUUGUCUCCCCCCUGAAAGAUGAGAUAUAGAAUAUCUAAUAAAAAAAAUGAGAUACAGAGUGUUCAGCU